CUAGUCAACCGUUCAGAGUUGAUGCUGGAUCCACUCUUUGACAGUCGAUUGCCUCCACCUCGUGGAAGUCCUCCUGAAACACUGGACCUUGAUGCGCUAAUGGAAUCUUCCGAUGCUUGGCGAGCACUGCAGCAAGCCUCUUUCAGCAGCAGCAGCAGCAGCAGCAGCAGCAGCAGUCGCAGUAGCCAUCGCUCCGCUCUCCGAAGAAACUGGCGGCAAGAAUUGGUCGUUAAAUGUAGCGGCAACGCUAUGUCUAACGGUGGCCAUGACUGUCAUGAAUAAUUUGAAACCUGACGACCCCGUCUUCCUGUUCGACGUGUUCAAUGAUCCGUGCGAGCUGAACAACCUCGCCUCGUCGGAGCCUGAGUUGCGCGACAGACUGCUAAACAAGCUCGCCGCAUACCGAGCACACUUACCCAACAAGCUGGUAAGCUACCAGGUGGACGAACGUGGGUUCCCAGAGAUCCACCGUUGCACGUGGUCCACAUGGCUGGAUGUGGAGCCAGCAGAGUACCAGAGCUGUCCUUGCUGAAGAGCACCAGUGCCACAGUAGAGAGAGACCGCAGUUUUCCUAUCGAUGUUUUCAUUUUUUUUUUUCUUAAGACAUCCGACGAUACUUUUACCUCUAUGCGUGCUUGUUCAUUUCAAUGUUGUAGCAGAUGAAAUAAAUCGAGUAUUUGUAACUGCGAA